GAUGUGUGUUGAGCAGAUUACUAGACAGUUGAGUAGAACAAUCUGAGGAGACUGUUUAUCAGUGGAAUGCCCUCCUCCCUAGACAAUGAAGAGGUAGGUGCCAUGGGCUCUAAACGUCAACCCCAGAGAAUAUUUGAUUCUGAUGUUCCAGCUUAGGUUGUGCUGUAAUGAGGAACUUUGCUGUCAGCUUCUGGCUCCUCAGGAGCCGAGCACAGGCAUGAGCCAUGUCUGCGGGGCCUGCCCUUGUCCGCCACAUGGCUGCCCCUCUUCAUGAUCAUGGCUUCAGUCUCUGAAAUUCCACAGUCCUGGGCCUCGUCCUAUUCAUCCAUCUGGAGAAUGGCUCUCGCAGAGAAGGGUGUCGAGAAGAAGAAGGGCUGUUCUGCCGUCCACGAGGUGGUGACCCGAGAAUACCCCAUCAACCUCCACAAGUGCAUCCAUGGAGUGGGCUCCAAGAAGCGGGCACUCAGCGCGCUCCUCGGGAACGCAAAGAAAUUCAAAAAUUCGCCAUAAAGGAAAUGGUGACUCCAGAUGUGUGCAUUGACACCAGGCUUAAUAAAGCUGCUGGGACAAGGGAAUAAGGAAUGUUCUGCAUCGCCUCUGAGUACAUCCGGAAAACACAGUGGGGAUGAGGAUUCACCAAACAAGCUCUACGCACUGGUAACUUACGUGCCUGUUACCACAUUCAAAAAUCUACAGAUGAUCAAUGCAGAUGAGAGCUAACCUUUUGAAUGUCAAAUAAAGUUGCAGAACUGCCAAAAAAAAA